AUGGUCGCCGCUGGAGGUUUCCACACCGUUCUGCUCCAGAGCGAUGGCACCGCCGUGGCGUGCGGCGGAAAUGACUUUGGCCAGUGCGACCUCCCGGCGCCGGCGGAAGGCCUGAGCUUUACGCAAGUGGCCGCUGGAGGACGCCACACCGUUCUGCUCCAGAGCGAUGGCACCGCCGUGGCGUGCGGCUGGGGUGACUUGGGCCAGUGCGACCUCCCGGCGUGCGACCUCCCGGCGCCAGUAGAAGGCUUGAGCGUCACGCAAGUGGCCGCUGGAGAUUCCCACACUGUUCUGCUCCAGUGCGAUGGCACUGCGGUGGCGUGCGGCUGGAAUGACUUUGGCCAGUGCGACCUCCCGGCGCCGGCGGAAGGCCUGAGCUUCACGCAAGUGGCAGCUGGAGAGUGCCACACCGUUCUGCUUCAAAGCGAUGGCACCGCCGUGGCGUGUGGCUCGAUUGGCUUGGUCCAGUGCGAUCUUCCCGCUCCGGCGGAAGGCCAGAGCUUCAUGCAAGUGGCCGCUGGAGAUUCCCACACUGUUCUGCUCCAGAGAGAUGGCACCGCCGUGGCGUGUGGCUCAAAUGACUCUGGCCAGUGCGACAUCCCGGCACCAUCGGAAGGCCUGAGCUUCACGCAAGUGGCCGCUGGAGGGCGCCACACCGUUCUGCUCCAGAGCGAUGGCACCGCUGUAGCGUGCGGCGGAAAUGACUUUGGCCAGUGCGACCUCCCAGCGCCAGCGGAAGGCCUGAGCUUCACGCAAGUUGCUGCUGGAAGACGCCACACCGUUCUGCUUCAGAGUCAUGGCGCCGCCGUGGCGCAUGGCGGAAAUGACUUUGACCAGUGCGGCCUUCCGGCGCUGGCGGAGGGCCUCAUCCACGUAGCUCAUCUCUUGCCCACGUUGCUCCUGCAGGCAUCUGUCGACGGCGACUCGGUGUGCUUCACGACACUGGGUGGGGUGGAGCGUCACCGACUUGGGGCCACACCAGACGCUCGCCUAUCCAUUAUUCGCGAGCAACUGACGGCCGCUCACCGGGUGGGCAGGCUCGGCUUCGGACUCGUGCGAGUUGACGCCGUCUUGCCGGGGGGGCGGCUGCUGAGCCACGCGUCCGCCGAGGAGACGGCCUGCGAGGCCGCGGGCGACCUCGAGCGGGCCGUCGGGCUGCUUGCGCGGGGCCGCCUGGCGGCGGCGACGCGCUCGCCGGCGCGGGCCGAGGCGGACAAGAGGCGGCGUGGGCAGACGUAG